CCGCCAGGUGCGUUGACGGAGACUACCGCUUUAAGACGUUGUUGCGAGAAGAAGCUGGUGAUUUUCCACUCAAAAUGAUAAUAAAGUCCAGCGGCGCCACACAGCGUCAUGGUCACGCGGGAAAAUUGGCUUAAUUGUUUCAAUCAACGCUGAACGUGAGAGACGACAGGAACAACAAUACACAUCUUCAUCGACAGCAUGGCCCAAAAAGAGAAGCUUCAAUGCCUGAAGGACUUCCACAAGGACACACUGAAGCCCUCACCAGGGAAAAGCCCAGGCACUCGGCCCGAAGACGAGGCCGAAGGCAAGGUCCCUCAGAGGGAGAAGUGGUCCAGCAAGCUCGACUUUGUUCUGUCUGUGGCCGGAGGCUUCGUCGGAUUAGGGAACGUCUGGCGAUUCCCCUACCUUUGUUAUAAGAACGGUGGAGGUGCAUUCCUCAUCCCUUACUUUAUCUUCCUGUUUGGCGGUGGCCUGCCCGUCUUCUUCCUGGAAGUGGCACUGGGCCAAUACACCUCUGAAGGAGGGAUCACCUGCUGGGCCAAACUCUGCCCCAUAUUCACAGGGAUUGGCUAUGCCUCAAUCGUGAUCGUGUCCCUGUUGAAUAUCUACUACAUUGUGAUCUUGGCCUGGGGACUAUACUACCUAUUUCACUGCUUCCAGCCUGAGCUCCCCUGGGCCAAAUGCAAGCAGCCCUGGAACACAGAAUUCUGUGUGGAGGACACUGUCCGGAAAAACAAGACCCUUUGGCUGGCGGCCAAUGUUACCAACUUUACCUCCCCUGUGACAGAGUUCUGGGAACGCAAUGUCCUAACCAUCUCCUCUGGGAUUGAGGACGUCGGGCCUUUGAAAUGGGACCUGGCCCUUUGUUUAUUAGCAGUGUGGAUUAUCUGCUUCUUCUGCAUCUGGAAGGGUGUCAAGUCUACUGGAAAAGUCGUGUACAUAACAGCAACAUUCCCAUUCGUGAUGCUGAUUGUGCUGUUGGUGCGUGGAGUCACCCUGCCUGGGGCGUCAGAGGGCAUCAAAUUUUACCUUUACCCUAACCUGACUCGCCUGCAGGACCCAGAGGUGUGGAUUGACGCAGGCACGCAAAUUUUCUUUUCUUACGCCAUUUGCCUGGGUGCCAUGACAUCACUAGGGAGCUACAACAAAUACAAGUACAACUGCUACAGGGACUGUUUGCUGCUGGGAGGCCUCAACAGCGGUACAAGCUUUGUGUCUGGCUUCGCAAUAUUUUCCGUCCUGGGCUUCAUGGCACAAGAACAAGGGGUGGACAUUGCCGAUGUGGCAGAGUCAGGUCCUGGCUUGGCCUUCAUUGCGUACCCUAAAGCGGUGUCCAUGAUGCCACUGCCAACCUUCUGGGCCAUCCUCUUCUUUAUCAUGCUGCUGCUACUUGGUCUUGACAGCCAGUUUGUUGAGGUGGAAGGACAGAUCACGUCCAUAGUGGAUCUGUAUCCGUCCCUCCUAAGGAAGGGUUACCGGCGGGAGAUCUUUAUAGCCAUCAUGUGUUUCAUGAGCUAUCUCUUAGGACUCGCCAUGGUUACCAAAGGUGGCAUGUAUGUGUUUCAACUCUUUGACUACUAUGCAGCCAGCGGUGUGUGCCUUUUGUGGGUUGCUUUCUUUGAAUGCAUUGCUGUAGCCUGGGUUUAUGGAGUUGAUAAUUUCUAUGAUGGAGUCGAGGAUAUGAUUGGCUACCGACCAAACCCAUGGAUGAAAUGGAGCUGGACCAUCAUCACACCGGUGCUGUGCAUGGGCUGUUUUGUCUUCUCUCUGGUCAAAUACAAGCCUCUGAAAUACAACAAAGUGUACGAGUACCCUGACUGGGCCAUUGGCCUGGGCUGGUGUUUGGCCUUGGCCUCCAUGAUCUGCAUCCCUAUGGUGAUGGUCAUCAAGAUCUUACAGUCUGAGGGAACUCUCAUUGAAAGGAUCAAAGCAGUGGCGGCGCCAGCCAAGUCAGGCGUGAGUUCUCGGCCCAAAGAGUACAUGGCCAAGGACAGUGAGCUGACGCAGCCCCUUGACCCUAACGGGAACAACGGCUUGACCAAGCCCACCCACACCAUUGUAGAAACAACCAUGUGAACGCUCUCUGUGAGAGGAAUACGAUUGAUGUGCUUUCUGUGUUCUUGCUAACGUCGGUAGGUUGACAUUGAACUGCAUAUUCACCUUUUUAGACAUCCUGUAGUUUAAUAUCUAUGAGGAGGAUUACAGUGUAUAUUGAUGUAAUUUUAUCUCGUUUUUUUUUUUUUACCAUAUCAAUAUUGUUAAUGUCGCAACUGUUGUUGUAGUUGGCACUGAUCUUAAGCUGUAUAUUGACAUAUAACUUGUUCAAUGUUUACUACCUUUUCUUCUUGUUGAUUCCGGGUGGAGGUGAGCAAUUUAGGUUGGACAACGAAGGAAUGAUAAAAUUCUCGCUUCUCUUAAAAUUCAGCAAACAUAAGUUGUUAAAAGACUAGCUAAUUUGUGAACAAUCUGUAGGUGCCUGCGGCCGCUGUGUUACUGAGGCUAACUUAACUGUACUUUGCAGUAUCCAUUAAUGGUGAUAGAGCCCUCAUCUGUCAAAGUACAUACCCUAUAAAUAUCCAUAUUAUAUUUACAUGUGCAUAUGCUUUAUUUUUGAGAUUAAGGCUUUGGCUGAAUACAACAAAAAAUGUUAAUCAAAAUGGGACAAAAUGACAAUGCAGGGCCAGAUGGUAGUGAAAAGGGAAGUAGCAUUUUAGAGUAUUUGUCCACUGCCUGUGUGACCAUUAAAGUCAGUCUCGCACUGCAUUUUUUUGGAGAAACCUCUUUGCACUUUAUUUCUGGUUCACCUUUUAUUGUAGUGGUUGUUUUUACUGUUGCAAAGUGUCGCUUUGGAUUUUUUGCAGCACAUUUAAAGCGGCACAUACAUUUUUGAUGUAAUUAAUCUUAAUUAAUCUGGGCCUGUAUUCCUAAAGAUUCUGAGAAUCAUCUCAGAGAGCUCCUAACUUAACUUUAGCAUUCCUAGCAAGGAGUAUUGGCUUAGGAGUGAUUCCAGAACAUUCUCAGAUAACUCUGAGCAAAGAAUGGACAGAAACUCCUAUCUUAGUGACGAGGUGUGCUUGACCCCAUUGCUAGGUAUGCGUCAUCAUUUCGAAAGCUGUGAUCGGUUGAUCCUAAAAGCUAGAUAAAUGAUAUAAAAAUGGACAAAGGAUGAACCCUCAAAUUGUUAAACUUAAUCAUAGAAUCUAAUGAAGACUGUAAUUGUAAUUAAUGUUUCGCAUAAAAUAACAUAUCUGUUAAAAGAAUAGUAAGCUAUACUUUAAAAAUUAUCCUACAAAAUGUGUGAAAACGUAUGUCCACUUGCACAGUAUUCACAUAGUGAUAGUUAUAUUUAUUUGCUCAUAUUAAUUGCAAGCUGGUAAUUUUUGCACUUUCAACAUUUCAACUCAAUUUGGUAUUUACGAGAGUUAACUGGCUCAGCUUUCAUCAAUGUCUGUGAUUGCUGACCUGCCUAUAAAAAGCAGUGUUGGUUAGCUUUCAUUUUAGGUGGUAUUGUUGGGUUGGAGAAGUAAGUGCAUCUCUGAUGAGAUCAACCACAAACAUGAUUCCUGCACAAGCUAAUCUGUAGUGUUCCAAAUAAUUCAUCCAUUGUGUCCUCUCCUUAGGGAAGUCCUAGGCCGCUUAGAAGUCCUCUUCCCUGCUCUUAGGAGCUCUCUUGAGGGCUAAUUUUCUUUCAGAACAGCUUUUAUCCUUACCAGGAUCUACGCUUCACUUUUAGGGGAAAUUCUAAGAAAAUAUCAUGAUUCUCAGAUUUUCUUUACAAAUUGGCCACAAGGAGCAACUCUUUGCACUAAGAAUCUUUAGGAAUACGGCCCCUGGUUUAUAGAACGUGUCUCUAAUGACGCACAAUACCUGACACUUCUGUUGUCCUCCUUUCGUGUGUGUUUCAAAUUUCUAACGUCGACAUUAUCAAGUUGUUUUAGUAGAAUAGCAGCGGUUUUUAAGUCACAUAUGCCUUUUGUAACAAUUUUGUACCGUACUUCCUACUAACAUGACAACUCAAUGUUCAGUUAUUUUGUGCAAUAUUCAAUGAAGGAACGGCAACUUUCAAACGUUGAUUAAUCUGAAUUCAAAUGCAAACACUGUAUUCACAAAGGCAACAAUUCUGAGCAGAAUGUGCUGGAUCCACCGCAGCUUCGUCCAUUACAAAUCAAAAUGUACCAACGUAUCUUUGUCACACAUUUGUAUCUUUUUCGAUGCACAUUGCAUCAUUUCCAUAUAGAGUACCAAUAAACAGUUUUUCUUUAGAUUAA